GUAGCACGUUCAUCACUUUUGCCGGGGCUUAUGAAAACUAUAUCUUCGAAUCGUGACAUGCCAUUGCCACUCAAGCUUUUUGAGCUUCAAGAUGUUGUAUUGAAGGACUCCACAUCUGAUGUAGGAGCUCGCAACGAGCGACGACUGGCAGCCGUUUACUAUAAUAAGACCGCCGGCUUUGAGAUUGUUCAUGGCUUCCUCGACAGAGUGAUGCGGUUGCUAGAUGUAGAUCCAGCUAAGGAUGGUUCUGAUCCCACAUUCUUCCCUGGACGAUGCGCUUCCAUAAUUGGUCCAGGCAACGCUGUGAUAGGUGUUCUAGGCGUUUUACAUCCAGAGGUGAUUACUGCGUUUGGCUUGACUUUGCCAUGCUGUGCAAUCGAAAUGAAUGUAGAAUUUUUCCUAUAA